AUGGAGCCCGAGACUAGAGCCACUUCCUUUGAGAAGGAUGCUUACAAGACAAAGGACAAAACCCCCAAGGGCAAGACUCGAAGCAACUCUCUCUUCACAAUUAGCUCAGGCUUCACCUUUUUUGCUGCCCUUCCCGGUGUAUCUGGCUCUUCUUCUUUCAGGUCGUCUUCUUUCCGAUAA